AUGACAACCUUUACGAAAAUCCCAGAGGAUCAGACUCCCUGCAUCUCCAUCGAUGUCUCUCGACGCGUAGCAAAAAUAAACCCCAAUAUCUAUGGCGGAUUCACGGAACAUAUAGGCCGCUGCAUCUAUGGCGGACUCUACGAACCAGGAAGCACCUUGUCGGACAAGAAAACCGGAUUCCGUAAGGAUGUUCUUGCAGCCUUGAAGGAGCUGAAAGUACCGGUGGUGAGAUAUCCGGGCGGCAAUUUUGUGGCGACGUACCAUUGGAUGGACGGCAUAGGGCCGCGAGAAAAACGGCCUACGAGACCAGAGCUUGCAUGGCGGGACACGGAGACCAACCAAUUCGGCACCGACGAGUUCCUGCAGUGGUGUGAGGUACUUGGAACGCAGCCGUAUCUCUGUUUGAACAUGGGCACAGGAACUUUGGACGAAGCUCUAGCCUGGGUUGAAUAUUGCAACGGGUCAGGGGACACACACUAUGCGAACCUACGCCGGAGGCACGGUAGAGAGAAGCCCUACAACGUCAAAUACUGGGGCCUUGGUAACGAGGUGUGGGGCGACUGGCAAAUCGAGCAGAUAUCCAAGGAAGUCUACGCCACCAAGACCGUGCAGUGGGCGAAAGCGUUGAAGAAACUGGACGGCAGCAUAGAGUUAAUUCUCUGUGGGAUCUCGGGACACACGAGUUGGGAUCACCAUGUGCUGAUGGAAUGCAUCCCAUGGAUCUCGAUGCACAGCGUCCACAUCUACACCAGCGCCAACCAUCGACAUCUGCCCAACGUGACGGCUCCGCGAUCCGCAGAACGCUCCAUCCAGAUCACGAGCGGGUUGAUCGAUCUGGCAAGGAUCGAGCGAGGCAUUCCGCCCUGGGUGCCGCGACAAACGAUCUGCUUUGAUGAGUGGAAUGUUUGGGAUAGUGGACGGGCAAAUCCGGAACGCGGCGCUGAGGAACAGUAUACACUCUCUGAUGCGCUGGCUGUUGGGGCCUGGUUGAAUAUCUUCAUCAGGCAGGCUAAGGAUGUUGGUAUGGCGUGUAUCGCACAGUCGGUGAAUGUCAUCUCGCCAUUGAUGACAACGAAGAAGGGGAUCUGGAAACAGACGACCUGGUGGCCGUUGCUGCUGUUUUGCAAGUACAUGCGUGGGGAGACUGUAGGUGUCCAUGUUUGGAGUGGCUGUUAUGAGGGCGAGACGGAGCCUUGGUGGAUACGAUCCAUUUCUUGUGAGACGCCGUGGUUAGAUGUUUCGGCAUGCGUGGAUGAGGACGGGUGGGCGGGGAUGGUGGUAAUCAACAUCCAUCCGGAAAAGUCUUUCAAGACCGAUAUCAAAGGGUUAAAAAAGGUGCGGGAGGUGAAGGUCUUCACGGUUACGGGAAGUGAUGUCGAGGUGCGGAAUGGAGAUGGAGUUGAGAAUGUUAAGGUGAAGGAGAGCUGCUGGGAUGCAGAGGGCAAGUUUACCUUUGGGAAGCAUUCUUUGACCUUACUGAGGUGGAAGGUUGUGGAUUUUGGAAUUGGAGGGGACAGAGAGGAUCAGGAAUGGGAACGGAUAUGA